GUUGGCAAAAUGGUCGUGUAGCUCUGACCACAACGAAACGUAAUUUUGUCAGAAGGAACGUUAGUUUAACUGAAAGUAUUAUUUAAGUGAAGUGUCCGCGUUUAUUCGAGGGACAAAAUGACGGCGAUAGCGGGUACGAUGGCCUUUGACGAAUACGGCCGCCCGUUCGUCAUCGUUCGUGAUCAGGAUAGGCAAAAACGUCUAACCGGUAUAAAUGCCAUCAAGUCACAUAUUUUGGCAGCCCGUAAUGUGGCCAAUAUUCUGAAAACUUCAUUGGGACCUAAAGGCCUUGACAAAUUGAUGGUCAGCCCUGAUGGAGACAUUACUGUUACAAAUGAUGGAGCAACAAUUCUGAAGAAUAUGGAUGUGGAUCAUGAAAUUGCAAAGCUCAUGGUCCAAUUGUCACAGUCCCAAGAUGAUGAGAUUGGAGAUGGUACCACUGGAGUAGUUGUACUUGCUGGUGCCCUCUUGGAACAGGCAGAACAGCUGUUGGAUAAAGGAAUUCAUCCAAUUAGAAUAGCAGAUGGUUUUGAAAUGGCAGCAAAAUGUGCUACAGAACAUCUUGAUCAGAUAGUAGAUUACUUUGAGGGCAGCCCAGAAAAUCUGGAACCUUACAUCAAAAUUGCAAUGACCAGUCUUGGUUCAAAAAUCAUCAACAAGUGUCAUAGACAAAUGGCAGAAAUAGCUGUAAAUGCUGUAUUUGCAGUUUUAGAUCCUAUUGCAAAUGAUGUGAACUUUGAACUGAUAAAGGUAGAAGGAAAAGUUGGUGGCAGGUUGGAAGAUACUGUUCUAGUUCGUGGUGUAGUUAUUGAUAAAGACUUCAGUCACCCUCAAAUGCCCAAGAGGCUGGAAGAUGUCAAGUUGGCCAUCCUGACUUGCCCAUUUGAACCACCUAAACCAAAAACCAAGCAUAAGUUGGAUGUUACUUCAGUUGAAGACUAUAGAGCGUUACGUGAAUACGAACGAGAGAAAUUCACCGAGAUGGUGAAGAAGGUAAAGGAUUGUGGUGCAACGCUCGCCAUUUGCCAAUGGGGAUUUGAUGAUGAAGCUAAUCAUCUUCUUCUUCAAAAUGAAUUACCCGCGGUUAGAUGGGUUGGUGGCCCAGAAAUUGAAUUAAUAGCUAUUGCCACGGGUGGCAGAAUUGUUCCUCGCUUCGAAGAAUUGACACCAGAAAAGCUUGGUCACUCGGGAGUUGUUAGAGAACUUACGUUCGGUACUACCAAGGAUCGAAUGCUUGUUAUCGAAGAAUGCAAAAAUUCUCGAGCUGUCACCAUCUUUAUCCGCGGUGGAAAUAAAAUGAUCAUCGAAGAAGCAAAGCGAGCUAUUCACGAUGCUUUGUGCACGGUCCGUAAUGUGAUCAAAAACCAACAGAUUUUGUAUGGAGGUGGCGCUGCCGAAAUUUCUUGUGCUCUCGCAUGCGCAGCCAAGGCCAAUAAGAUAAGCACCAUGAAACAAUACGCCUUCCGUGGAUUUGCAGAAGCUCUGGAAGCUGUACCCAUGGCAUUGGCAGAAAAUUCAGGCCUCUCACCUGUGGACACUUUGGCUGAUAUCAAAGCACGCCAAUUGACUGAAAAUAAUCACACCCUUGGUGUCGAUUGCUUGAACCGCGGCACUUCCGAUAUGAAAGUGCAAAACGUCAUCGAAACACUGACGAGUAAGUCGCAACAAAUUCUAUUGGCUACGCAAUUGGUGAAAAUGAUACUUAAAAUCGACGAUAUACGUUCGCCAAACGAUGCCGGCGAUAAUUACUAAAAUAAGUUGAGUAUUUUUUGCUUCGAUAUUUGCAUUAUUGGAUUAAUCCAACAAUUUCACCUUGUUUGCUUCUACGAGCUUCAUUCACAUUUCUAAUCGAUAAUUAUUUUAAAAUUUAGUUAACU